AGUACUUCUCUUCUUCACUAUCGUCAGCUCAAGCCUUCUUCAAUUGCAAUCACACCGUACCCUUCUGUCACCUUCUUGAGUUCCAUCUCUUUGUUUUUUACGAGGCAAACAUGGGAGUCGUCACCUACUCUCAAGAUUUCACAUCCACCGUCGCCCCGUCGAGGAUGUUCAAGGCUUUGGUCCUCGACUCGCACAACGUCAUUCCCAAAAUUGUCCCUGGGGGCAUCAAGAACAUCGAGUUCAUCGAGGGAAAUGGUGGAGUUGGCAGCAUCAAGCAAACUAACUUCGGUGAAAGCUCUCACAUCAAGUACACGAAGCACAAGAUCGAUGCUCUCAACGUAGAUAACUUUUACUGUAAAUAUACUUUAAUCGAGAGCGACAUCAAGUUCGACAAGAUCGACUGCGUCGUCUACGAGGUAAAAUUCGUUGCAGCCGGCGGCGGAUGCGUCUGCAAGAUGACCAGCGAGUAUCAUGUUAAGGAAGGUUGUGAGCUCAAGGAGGAUGACAUCAAGCAAGGCAAAGACAGAGCUGUGGGACUGUACAAGGCUGUUGAGGAGUACCUUGUGGCCAACCCUGAUGUUUGCGCCUAAAUUGCUAUUUCCCAAAUCCAUUCGAGUGAUGAUACAGUGAAGUGAGUGGAAAAUUUGUAUUGUGUCUUCUGUUUCCUUUUUGGCUCUGCCUCGGAGCUUUUGGGUGAGGAAAGGUUUUUCUCGUGUGAUUUCUAUGUUCUAAAGGAUUUGAUGGUUGUGUGUAA